GCUGAGGUGCAGCACCACUAAUUAGGUAAUACCAACUUGCACCACUCCUUCCACGCCCACAGAACCAACAAAGGCCCAGCAUUGUGGGAUGAGUUGCUGCCUGCCAGCCUGCAUUAUGUUAGCCCUCCGACCGCCUCGAGUUCCAGGCUGCCCUUCGCAUGUUGCCGCCAUUUCUACACAGCAACCAAAUAUUCGUCGGAGCUAGUCAUCAUUCUUCGUUCCCUCCAGCCUCCAAGAUGACUCUUACCAUCAAAUCCUCCUCCCUCAUCAAGCAUAUCACUCGUGAUGGUCGGACAAUCGCUCUCAAGUACGCAACGCAGACCGACGCGUGGAACCGUUCUUACCUCUCCUCGGACGUUGCGGAGAAGUUCGUCAAAGCCGUGGAGAACAAGGCCUAUAUUCCCCCCGACGUCACGGAGAUCAUCAUGGCGGAAACCGACCACAAGAGCCCAGCAGACGAGCGUACUCACUUCACCGCUCAGGCCAAUGACGACAAGGGCGAGCGCGUCGAGGUCAUGCACAUCCUUCCUGCCUCCGAGUGAGAAGCGAGACAACAUGGCCUAUGCAUCUGCCAACACACGGCAAUUUCCACAUUUCGCAUCCGUGUUCAGGAUGGAAGUAGUGGUAGGUUGGUUUUUUUUGGGGGGGGGGUUGGUGUGGCGGGCUCAGUACGUGCUUUUGUGGGUCUAGGUACCUAAUCAUUUCACGUGGCCCUUGAUAGGUGCCGCAUUCAAGUCAUAGCGUCCCGAUCGUUCAUUCCUUUUCAUGUCGACAUAU